AGUAUCAGUGACGGGCUCGGGCCCGGGGGUCAGUCAGUCAUCAGCCAGAGCCGCUCCAGCACACUCAGUCCGUGGCCCGUCGUCGUCGUCGUGUCGUUUUGUUCUUACCGCGACGGCGUCUUCGCCGUCAUACUGACCAUCCUCGGCCCCUUGCGCCGCCCCCCUCCCUCCCGCGCAUCGUGAGGGUGGAGGUCGUUGGCGGUUAAACUCAUCGCGCGGCGUCGUGUGCGGCGAGCAGCGUCGUGCAGCGCCGUGGUGUGGUGGUCGUCACCGAGGUCGUCACGUCGCUAUCAUCUCUACUUGCUCCGGUUUUGUUCGCGGUCGCCCAUAUUUGUGGAGGUGCGACUGGUGUGCCAGCGCGGGGUCGACCGGCGCCCACGCUUAACGACGUCGUCGUCGACGACGUGCCCGGAUCGCCGAGGCCCGCGCCACCGCUUCCCGCCAUUGUGCGUAACGUUUGGCUGCUGCUGCUGCCGGCCGGCCGGCACAAACAUCCUCGACGUCGCCGCUGUCUUGGCUGAGGAGCGAUUUUGGAUUCGGCGCGCUACUGCUGGCCGUGGUUGGUGGUGGUGGUGGUGGUGGUGGUGCUUUGGUGGAGGGUGCUGGACAGUACAUACGGCGGAUGGGGGUUCAAUAACCACGUCACACCAUAUCGUCACAAAUCCAUCGGCACAAAACACUCAAAUGGCGCUGUUGAACAACUGACUGGCUGUGACGCGUGUGUCGGGUAAUCACCAUCGCCAUGGCAUCGAACGGGACCGAGCUGUCCCAGCAGGGCGUCCUGGAGGUGCCCGCCGACGUCCUGGGCGGCUCCGGCACGCCGCUGCUCAUCGCCAAGGUGACGGCCAUGGUGGUGCUGGGCGUCGCGUCCAUGCUGGUCGGGCUGCUGCCCAUCAAGCUGGCCCGCUGGCUGCGCUGGUCGACGGAGAGCGGCGAGCAGGCCGUCAAGAGCACCGAGGACGAGCCGACGUCCGCGCCGCCCACCGACAGCGCCACGCUGUCGCUGCUGCUGUGCGGCGGCGGCGGCGUGCUGCUGUGCACGACGCUGGUGCAGCUGCUGCCCGAGGUGCGGCUGCAGCUGCACGUGCUGCAGCGGGCCGGCGUGCUGCCCGAGACGCGCGUGCCCGCCGCCGAGCUGCUGCUCGUGGCCGGCUUCCUCGCCCUGUACCUCGUCGAGGAGCUGGUGCACCGGCACCUGCACAACCAGGCGCACGAUAGCGAGGAGCCGGAGGCGGGUCACCAUCACGGCGGGCACGGCCACAGCCACGUCCCCGUCGGCGCGGUGGACAGCAACGGCAAGGCGCAGCUGGGCACGGCGGCGCGCGGGCUGCUGGUCGUGCUGGGCCUCUCGGUGCACGAGCUGCUCGAGGGGCUGGCCGUCGGGCUGGAGCGCUCCCCGGCCCGCGUCUGGGCGCUGUUCGUCGCCGUCGCCUCGCACAAGUUCGUCAUCUCGUUCUGCGUCGGCGUGCAGCUCGUCGGCAUGGGCAGCAGGGCGGCCUUCGUCUGCGCCUACGUCGGCGCCUUCUCCUUCAUGAGCGCCCUGGGGAUCGCGCUCGGCAUGGCGGCCACGGCCAGCGAGGGCGCGGCGGCCGGAGCGACGGCCACCCUGAUGCAGGGUGUGGCCGCGGGGACGCUGCUGUACGUCGUGUUCUUCGAGGUGCUGGAGCCGCAGCGCGCCUCUCGGCACGCCGGCAUCCGGCAGCUGAUGGCGGUCACCGCGGGCUUCGCGGCCAUGUUUGCCAUCCAGCUCGCAGUGGAGUCGGUGUCGGAGUGACGUCGGCCCGACGUCCGACUGAAGCCGUGCGGGGGAGGCAUUUGUACAUAUUCAUAUUCCAAAAAAUCAACAAAAAAACUCAUCAACCUGGGUCCUCCCGGAGCAGAGACACAGAGACGUGCUAGUGAAC